CAGAAUUUUACGGCUUCCCGGGGGAAGUUCUGCUUUCUGCGUGUUUGUGUUUAAUUUGGCGAAGGGCCUUCAAAUAUCAUAAAAAGUGCACGAGACAUCCACACAAACAACUCUAAAUCAUCUGACCCUCGCUAUUCCAAUACCCCCCUCGCGAAGACGCAAGAUGUGCGCUUGCCGCAUAGUGCGCUGCGCAUUUCCAGUUCGAGCGGUCAAGGUGACAACAGGGACCGAAUGAAGAGCAGCUUCGCAGAGGUGCGGGAGUGUGUGGAUGCUACAGUGAUCCGCUAGACUGACGUCUCACCGGUAGCGCAGCCGAAGACCGCAGCCCGGUUAUUCUACAGACUUCAAUAGAGCCAAGCAGUCGACAUCUCUCCUGCAGAGAGGCAGAGAGGAGGAAAAACAGAAGUUCAGCCGCGGCGAGCUGUAGUUUUGCAGCAUGUUCCACCUUCAGCAAUCUCCGUUCAAACGCUCUCGCUCAGAAACUGUUUGAUUUUGCUGGUGUGCGGGCUCGUUUUUUUUUGGGAAAAGACCCGUCGCUUCCCCCGUUUCGGCUGAUGUAAAGAAAAUCUCUCCCUCUAUAUUGGAAUGAUGUGGACCUCUCAUGAUACUGUUGGAUUUGUUUUCUUGGCCGGGUUUUGCGUGCAGUUGGGAUUCUCCCUUGAAGGUCGCUUCACGGAUCUGCCCUCCAACAUGACGGUUAAAGAAGGGCAAAACAUAGAAAUGGCGUGCGCUUUCCAGAGCAGAACCGCGUCGGUGUAUUUGGAGAUCCAGUGGUGGUUCGUGAAGGCGCCGGAACCCACUGACGGCGAGGAGAACGCCGAAGAGAUGGAGAUGAUUCCAGAGCCCGAUCCGGACGACGAGGGGACAAAAAUAAGUACAGUGAAAGUCCAGGGCAAUGACAUCUCACACAAGCUGCAGAUCUCCAGAGUCAGCAAGAAUGACGAGGGACUGUACGAGUGCCGGGUGACGCGGGCCAACUACGGGGAGAUUGUGGAGUACAAAGCCCAAGCCUGGCUCAAGGUCAACACCACGGCCCGGCCCCGGCGACCCCUGCAGACCCCCAAGAAGAGCUCCCCCAUGCACCUGACGGACAAGAAGCCCAGAAAGUCCAGCUCGCCUCAGGACAGCAUGAGCUCAGACCAGAGGACGGCCUCCACCUCCACCUCCCACACAUCCUCCAACACAGCUAAACACAGCCCCGGCUCAGGUACGAGAAUAUGCUCCAGCUCUGGACUGGCCGUCCUGCUCCUGGCGUGCGGGUUGGUGAGGGAUGCCUUGUUAUAAUGUGAAGGACUAACAUGCUUUCUACCCCGGAUCUCUCUCUCUCUCUCUCUGUCUCUUUGUUUGCUCUCAAAAGAGUAGACGAGUAAAUUGCCUGUUCCGCCCCCCUCCUCCUCCUCCUCCUCCCCCACCUCCACCUCCCAUGCAGUCAGCACAGUGGGCCCUCAUCCCCGGCCGCUGCUGCUCUUGCGCCCAGCACAUUGUUAUUAGCCACUGUUAACACGAGUCACCUUUAAACCCGAUGGAUUACCUUUUGUACAGACGUCGCCGCGACGGCCCUCCUGUGUGAAAACGGACUCUGUCAUGUUGGGAAAAAUCUCAUGGAAGACUUUCUUAUGGCUCAUUGCUCAGAAAAGAGGAGAAUCUAUAUUUGUGUAAUAUAUAUGAUUCUAGAUAUAUAUCUGUUUUAUUUGAACACAUAGACUUUCUGUAUGUAACGUGCUGUAGCUGACACUCACCAUAUUGAGCUUCAUUGUGAAUAGAGACUCUGCAAAAGAAACGCGCUCCGCUGACGUUUUGUGUUCGUUCCGACUGUUAACAUGAACCACCGGGUCGCGAGGGGUUAACGUUUCCGUUUCUGCUCCAUGCAAAUGGUCCUACAUCCUGUUUGUGAUACACGUACAGGUGUGCAUGCUAAUGACCCCGAGGCUCAGACGAGAGGGACGCGCGACUCAAACCUCGGCCUGUUGAAUUCAGCUUUAUUUUAAUGUGCUGGCUUUGCUGUGACAACAAACUGUCCUUUGUCAUUUUGAUUUGUAUCACGUCCUCAGUAGGAAUAAAAAAAGGAUGUCACACGCUGAGAGUCCCUCAGAAUCCUUAUGUAGUAUGUAGCUAUGAAUGAACUACUAGUUUGCCAUCACACAAAGGUUUUAGAUUCCGGAUGAUGAGAGAUGAUACUUGGUUCAACACAUUUACACACACACAGUAUGACCCAUGUUACACUGUACUGUACUGACAUAGAUUUUUCACAGUAAUUUACUUUUGCUUUAUUUCCAGAUGAUGCGUUGUAGCAGUUACUGUCCACACAGAGCAUUUAUAAGCAAAACGCUUUGACAAUCCGACACAAACACACAUAGGGGGAGGUGCUGCUGAUUACCAUGACUCAGCAUUCUUCGGCUGUCGUUAACUUCUGAGCUGAGAAGGAAAGCGUGAACCAUCCGCCACAUGCGCUGUCGAGCUGAAAUCACGCAGCAGGUCAAAGUUUAUUUCCCACCAAUGUAACUGCAGGAGCAGAGCAGUUGUUUUUUUUGUUUUCUUUUAUUUUUGCUCAGUUGAAGCCCAACGACUCAGCGCGAUUUAAACGUGAAGCAUGAUAACGUAGGUCCCCGUGUCACCUACCUGCAGAUGUCCCGUCAUGACUGUGCUCUUGUUCCCCAAGAAGCAUUACACGGAUUGUUUUAUUCCCUGUGCAAACGAGGCAAACUCGCCCCCUGCACCAUUACUGUCUCCUCCAAAGAUCUGUGGAGGGAAACCUGUCGAUUCAGCAGCGACGCUCGGGCGCUGACUGAGCGUGCGGUGUGUUCUGGGAUCAGACCAGGGACAUCUUCUGCUCAGCAGCUUCCACGCCGGGUCGCAGACGCGUGGGCGACGACGAGCAGCCGAUCCCAUCCUCCAAGUUCUGAAAGAGCGUCAGGGUUCAUUUGACAGGAAAUCGAUGUCUUUGUUUCUUAAUGAGACGUGCUGUGGAGCGACUGGACAUGCAGCAGCUUAUUCUAGGUCCGGGAUUGAUUCCGCUGUAAAAGGCUCGCGCUCGAACACUUUUCGAUUAGACAUAAUUUGUCCAACUCUCAUGUAAAAAGUCAAAGACCUGUAUAAAUUGUAAAUGAACUGAUCAGCAUGUUAACAUGAUUAUUUUUCAGUCCAUUUAAAAAGGCAGAGGCCAGUGAUGUUCUGUACUUGUAACAAUGGUGUCAUGUACUCAUCCAAAUGUUAACGCGUCCAGAGUGGGCCUUCAUUUCUCCCAAACCAGCUUGGGUCAAUGUAUUUGAUAAAAAAAGUAUCCACAUAUAUUAAAACCAUCUUCCAUCCUGAUCUAAGGGAAUGGCUUGAAUGCAGUUUUUUCCAAAAGACUGAAGAAAUAAUUUACUUAGUAAAAAAAAAAAAGAAAUGAUGAUGAUUUGGGGUUUUGAUGGAGGCUGAGCGAGGUCUCUGUUACCAAAGAGGAGGGUUGAUCCAGGGAUGCUACUGCACACGGUCCGUUUGUGUUCUGUUUGAUAUGCCAUGCUCCUUCCACUCUAGAUGUAUUUGCCUCUUCUAAUGUGUUUCAUUUCAAUGCGGUCCUGUCUGUUUGUUGAGCUUUCAGAGAUUCUGAUGAUUCUAAUUCUCUCUUUUCUUUGGUAUUGUGUGAGGCUUCUGUACUGGAACAUUGCAACAGUUUGUAUUAUAAUGACAAUAUCAGAAUAAUAUUUAAAUAAAUCAUUUUCACAGAUGAAAUUCAAA